UAAGACAGAAAUGACUCUAAUAAAUGCAUAUAUGCAGUGCUGCAUAUGAUUUUGGGAUGGCUCAUCAAGGACGCGAAGGCUAAGGCUAGAGAAGACGGAGCGACCCAUGGGGUGUCUGAAGCCCAGUACCCUAGAACUAGAACCCCCGGGCCUGCUGGAAGCAGCAGUACUAGUACUGUGCCAGCGGCAGCUGCUGACUAUUAUUGUCUCCUGACAUAGCUGACUAGGCAGAGGGACAGUGAGCAGAAGGGGAGCACCCCUCUUCAGUUGGCCGCGUCGCUGGAAGGAUGGCCAGACGCGCGGUAUGUUUACACAUGGUUUCCACAGAUUAGGCGAGUGUCAAUGUCAGCCACAAAAGCCCUGCUAUCCGUCAACAUAUCCACGGCGUAUCAGGCGGACGACCAAGGGUCAUACCCCAUACACGUCGCUGCACAAGCAGGCAGCCUCGCCGUGGUGAAGCUGCUGCUGGAGUGGUGUCCCGACUGCGCCAACCUGCGAGAUGGCCAAGGACGGACGUUCCUCCAUGUCGCCGCCGAGAAGGAGCGCCUCGCUCUGGUCCGAUAUGUCGUCGUCUCAUCGUCUGCAGAUAUGAUUCUGAAUGCGCAAGACAGCAACGGGGACACGCCGCUGCACGCCGCUGUUCGUGCUGGCAACCUUGCCGUCUUCAGCUGCCUGUUUCGCAACCGCCAGGUGCGCUUGGAUGUGGCAAAUCAAGACGGCAUGACACCUGUCGAUCUUUCUUAUACUAGGAUCCCUCCAAGGUUUAAUUAUUCAUUGAAUCCAAGAAGCAGUGUACGCAGGAUAUUACUUGCUGCAGGAGCUCCGCACGGUGGAGCUCGGCCGGAGCUCUUCUAUGCAAGACACAUCCCCAAAAGAGAUUUAGACAUGGAAGCGAAGAAGCAUACAGAAGCAACGCAGGUGAUGAGUAUUGUCACUGCUCUUAUUGCGACUGUCACAUUCGCAUCAGCUUUCACGUUCCCUGGAGGCUAUGGACCCGACGGCCAGCCAGUGCUCGCUGGCAGCUAUGCUUUCGACGCGUUUAUCCUCGCCGACACCUUGGCAUUCAUCUGCUCCAUCUCAGCUACCUUCUCCCUUGUCUAUGUUGGGUUCCCGUCUAUGGACAUCUCCAUACGUUUCAGGUACUUGAGGCUUUCCGCCAUCUUGCUGCAGAGUGCAGCAAGGAGUUUGGUGGCCGCUUUUGGCCUCGGACUCUACCUGCUGCUAGUGGUUCACCAUACUGCUAGUGCGAUUGCUGCUUGUGCCAUUGUUUUGGCAUCUUCGCUCUAUGGGAACAUGGAAUUUUGGGGGAUCAUCCAUAUGGCGACAACGGUCCUCGCUCGGAUUGGAAUGCAACGAUAUGCGGUAGUGAGUUACGCAAGAAAGAUAUUUUUUACUGUCUUGAGACACUUCUGGUCCUACGUAAUAAUCUUCGGCCUCCCAGCAAUUCGCAAGCGGGUCAACUCUCAAGUGGACAAGGUAAUAACGUAGUACGUAGGUGCCAAGAUUCAUGAGAAGCUAUAGCUCACCACAAAUUCUAAGAUGGACCAGAGUCACCACUCCUUGCACUAGCAGCUCAUCAUGCUAUAUAUAAUUAAUCGAACAAGUAUUAAUUCUCCA